UAGCUAGUGGAUAAUAUUUCCCCAUGGGAUAAAGACUCGAUCAUAAUGAUUUUCAACUACAGUCAAGCGAAAGAUUAAGUCUUUUUGGAUCAAUCAGAUCUCAGAUUGGGUCUUUACGGAUCAAUCAAAUCUCAGAUUAAGGCACAGCUGGGCUCUGGUCCAAUGCAACGUCACCAAUUAUGAAAUUGGAUUGCUGUACUGAACAAACGAAAUCUAGACGCCUAACUGUGCUCCAUUUAGUUUUUCUAGUGGAUUUAUCUUACUUUCCUAUAAAGACCCCACAACAGACCCAGACUGAAUUGCAGAGCACAACAUAUGUGCAAUGGAGAUGGAGAUAAACAUGCAAUUGUUGGGCUACUUUGCAUUGGCCAUGCUAUCGUUUUACGUAAUUUACAAGAGAUUUCGGCGGUCACUGAAUUUACCGCCGGGUCCAUACGCAUGGCCUGUAAUCGGACACCUGCAUCUUCUGGGAAGUAUGCCGCACAGAUCGCUGGAUCGACUCUCCAAGGCGUAUGGCCCGCUCAUGUCAAUCCAGCUCGGCUCUGUCCCCUUCAUUGUCGCAUCCUCUCCUGAAAUGGCCCGAGAAAUUCUCAACACCAACGACCUUACUUUUGCUUCGCGCCCCAAGAUCGCGGCGGGAAAAUACACAGUGUACAACUACUCCAACAUAACAUGGUCGCCCUACGGAGAGCAUUGGCGGCUGGCCAGAAAGAUCUGCCUCAUGGAGCUCUUCAGCGCCAGGCGCCUCGAGUCUUUUGAGUAUAUCCGAGUGGAGGAGGUGGCGCGCAUGAUGGCCUCCGUUUUCAAAAGCUCCGCCGCCGCUCAGCCUGUCCAUCUGAGGGAGGAGACUUCGUCCGUGAGCAACAACAAUAUUUCGAGGAUGGUUUUGGGGCGGCGCUACUUGGACGAGAAUGGCGGUAACAAGAUGAAGCCCCAUGAAUUUAUGGAGAUGCUGUCGGAACUUUUCGUGCUGAAUGGCGUCUUCAACAUUGGAGACUAUAUUCCUGCCUUAAGCUGCCUUGAUCUGCAGGGCUAUAUCAGACGGAUGAAGAAGCUCAGCCGACGGUUUGAUGCCUUUCUGGAGGAGGUGGUGGAAGAGCAUGACCAGCGGCGGAAGCGUGUGGUGAAUUUCGCGCCCACUGAUAUGGUUGAUGUCUUAUUGCAACAAAGCGAUGAUCCUGCCAACAACCUUACCAGGGAAAAAAUCAAGGCCUUCACUGAGGAUAUGAUAGCUGCCGGGACAGAGACCUCUGCUACGCUUGUGGAAUGGGCGUUGGCAGAGCUUCUCAAAAACCCCCACAACCUGGCAAAGGCUAACGAAGAAAUGGACAGAGUAGUGGGGAAAGAACGAUGGGUGCAAGAGAAAGACAUUGGUAAGAUGGAAUUCGUGCAAGGGAUAGUGAAAGAAACUAUGAGGCUGCACCCGGUUGCCCCCUUGCUGGUUCCUCAUCUUUCCACUCAACAUUGCAAGAUUGGAGGGUACGACAUCCCCGCCAAUACCAGAGCAUUUGUGAACGUGUGGACGAUCGGCAGGGAUGAAAGAGUGUGGGAAAAGGCCGAGGAAUUCAGGCCAGAGAGGUUUGAGGGCAGCAGCUUGGAUGUGAAGGGCAGAGAUUAUGAGCUGCUGCCAUUCGGGUCGGGCAGAAGGAUGUGUCCAGGGGCCAGUCUGGGUCUGAAAGUGGUUCAGCUGGGCCUCGCUAAUCUUCUCCAUGGCUUCACUUGGCGCCUUCCCGCUAAUAUUCAGAGCCCCCAGGACUUGGAUAUGAGGGAGAGCUUUGGCCUAACCACGCCCAAAGCAGAGCCUCUUGUCGCCAUAGCAGAGCCUCGCCUGCCUGCUAAUCUCUAUUGUUUCCCUUAGCCCACGUUUCCAUAAAUCAUAUAUCUUAGUAUUCUCGCUUUGUGUUUGUCUGUUUGUCUGUGAUAAAUAACAGUAGAUGCAAAAUAUAUAUAGUA